AUGGAAGGAGAAAAUCACAUAGGUGCAUCACAGUUCAUCCUCUUGGGUCUCUCAGACGAUCCUGAAAUGCAGCACUUUCUCUUUGGACUGUUUCUCUCCAUGUACCUGGUCACAGUGCUUGGGAAUCUGAUCAUCAUUUUCACGAUCACCUCUGACUCCCACCUCCACACCCCCAUGUACUUCUUCCUCUCCAAUCUAUCCUUUGUGGACAUUUGUUUUACCUCCACCACAGUCCCAAAGAUGCUGGUGAAUAUUCAGGCACACAAUAAAGAUAUUACCUAUACAGAGUGCCUUACUCAGGUGUAUUUUUCUAUGAAUUUUGGGGGAAUGGAAAAUUUCUUACUGACAGUGAUGGCUUAUGACCGUUUUGUGGCCAUCUGCCAUCCCCUGAAAUAUGUGAUCAUCAUGACACCUCAGCUAUGUGUCCUGCUGGUUCUGGCUUCCUGGGUCAUCAUUUUACUUUUCUGCAUGAUUCAUGUUCUCCUGCUGAAUCAGCUAACCUUCUCCACUGGCACUGAAAUCCCACAUUUCUACUGUGAACUGGCUAUGCUUAUUAAAGUGGCCACCUUUGAUAUCCUUGUCAAUGUCAAUAUCUUCGUAAUGUAUGUGUCAUCUUUCCUGCUGGCUGUGUGUCCCAUCAGUGGGAUCCUCUUCUCUUAUUCUAAGAUUGUAACCUCUUUAGUGAAGAUGUCCUCCACUACCACCAAGUAUAAAGCAUUUUCCACCUGUGGGUCUCACCUCUGCACAGUCUCCUUGUUCUAUGGAGCAGGUCUUGGAGUUUACCUCAGUUCAGCUGUUACUCAUUCCUCCCAUAAAAGCUCUGUUGCCUCUGUGAUGUACAGUGUGGUGACCCCCAUGCUAAACCCCUUCAUCUACAGUCUAAGGAAUAAAGAUGUGAAGGGAGCCCUGGUGAGACUCUGCAGCAAAGCAGCCUCUGAUCCAUGA